AGGAUCACAACUCACAAAUUUAGAUCAUGACUAAUCCCCAACCUUGACCUAAUCUCUUCACAUCUGGCUGGGUCAAACCCACCCCUCUCACCCCCACUCAAAACCAGACACCACCAACACCAACACAAAACACAGAACCAUGGACUUCACCCCACCAUCAAACUCAAACCCUCCAAUACAAGCCAGCCCCAUCUCCUCAAUCCCAUCUUCUCGUAAACUCCCAAUCAAACGUAAAAACCCCAACACUUCCAAUUCCAAUUCCACUCUCAUCCUCACCAUCCCCGAACACCAUGACGCCACCCCCUCCAACCCACCUUUCAAAUUCCAUCGGAUUUGGUCCGAACCCGACGAGAUCCGCUUACUCCAGGGCCUCCUUGAUUCUUCCCAUCAAGGCUUCUCCUUCCCUAAAGAUCUCGGCACCUUUUACGCCCAAUUCACCCACGGCAUGCCCCAGCCCUAUUCCAAAUCCCAGCUCUCUGAGAAACUCAGACGUUUGCGGAAAAAGUUUCGGGUGAUUUCUUCCCGGUUGGCUAAUGGGUUGGAUAGAGAUUUGCUUUCGGUUCAGGAUCGUGCGUUGUAUGAUCUUUCGAAGCAGUUAUGGGAGCCGGAGCAAGAGCCAGAGCCAGAGCAGGAGCUAGAUCAUCCGUCUUUGCGGUUUAGUGGUAUAAAGUUGGAUUGUAAUGCUGAAGAUGAUAAUGAGUUUAAGGCGGGUGUGUCAGGGGUGGGGGUUGGGGUUGAGGUUCCGGAGACGAUGGCUGUGUUGGCUUUGCCGUCUGUGGUUAGGAAGACGGAUAAACCGGAUAAUUGUAGUGAGAAAUAUAAUAAGGGUGACGGUGUUGGUGGUUCGAAAGAUGGUGUUGGAAAGGGGGAAUUGGAGGGUGAAGUUAAAGUGGUGGGAAAGGAAGUGAGGGUGGAGAAUGUGAAGAAGGGUUUGGGGGAUGAUUUGAGAAGUGGGAUUGUGCGGUUUGCUUCUACGACACUUGUUGAAGUGAUUGAUCGAUCGUUGAAGGAGAUGAGGAUGAUGAUUGAUGUGAGAAGGGUUGCGGAUUUGGAGAAGGAGAUGAGUUUUGAGAAACGGUGGAGGGAUCAACGUGUUGCGGAGUUUGAUGUGUUGGCGAAGCGUUUGAAGUUGAUUGUGGAGGGUUCUUCAAUGGUUGGUAAAUGAAUAUUUGUAUAUGAAAGUUGGAAAGUUUUUGUUGGUUGGUUGGUUACUUGGUUUUCGUUUUUCUGGUUAAACUUGUUUUGUUAUUGCAUAAUACAUUUUCAUUGUUUUUGUGUGUGUUUCCAUUGGUUAGUAGGGUCCAUAAGAUUAUAGAUAACGAGUUGUUAGUAUGUAUUUGAUCGGUUCUGAUUCGGGUUCAAUGAUAAAAUGAUUUAUUUGAUUUGCUA